AUGUAUCCGCAGCAGGACAGCGGUACGAACUACCAGCAGAAUAUGUACAACCUGUACCAGCAGCAGCAGCAACCGCAGUAUCGACAGUACAACAACCAGCAGUUUGGCGUGCCUAACGGGUCGCCACAUCCUCAGCAGGCGCCUGUGUUUGGUGCGCAGAUCCCCAACAUGCAGCACCCGGCACAGCAGCAGGUCCAAAACUACCAGAAUCUGUACGGCACGUCGCCGACCCGAUCUUUGCAGUUCAACGACUUCAACCCCCAGCCGCCCUCGAGUCCGUCGCGCAGCGUGCGGUCGGCGAACCUGGCGCCGAUCUCGUCGAACUCGUCGCUUGUGUCGCCGUCGAAGUCAGCUCUGAAACAGCCCGAGUUUCCGUACUCGAACCCGGCCGCCAACAACAGCAACUCGAACCUUUCGUACCGGCAGAGCGUGCAGUCGCUGCAGCCGCCGGCCGACUAUGUGUACUUUGACCGGCAUCCAGAGUGGUUUUCGAAGUCGUCGCAGGACAAGGCGGCCUCGAUCAAGCUGAAACUCGAGCACUACUACAAAACAGCCAUCGAGCAUGCCAUCGAGCGCAACCAGAGACGCGUGUCGUUUGAGCAGAAGCUCGGCACCGAGAGCUCUGGGGAGCGCCGGAACAGAGAGCUACAGCUGUUUGGCCGCAACGAGUCGCAGUUUCUACGGCUGCGAAGAACAAGACUCAGUCUUGAGGAUUUCCACACAGUCAAGGUGAUCGGCAAGGGCGCCUUUGGAGAGGUCCGGCUCGUCCAAAAACGCGACACGGGCAAGAUCUACGCCAUGAAAACCCUGCUGAAAAGCGAGAUGUACAAGAAGGAGCAGCUGGCGCACGUCAAGGCCGAGCGGGACGUGCUGGCAGACGCAAACUCGCCGUGGGUCGUGUCGCUGUACUACUCGUUCCAGGACCCGCUCUAUCUGUACCUGAUCAUGGAGUUCUUGCCUGGCGGCGACCUGAUGACCAUGCUGAUCAAGUGGCAGAUUUUCACCGAGGACGUGACCCGAUUCUACAUUGCCGAGUGCGUGCUGGCGAUCGAGGCGAUACACAAACUGGGAUUCAUUCAUAGAGACAUCAAGCCAGACAACAUUCUCAUCGACAUGCGCGGCCACAUCAAGCUUUCAGAUUUUGGCCUGUCGACCGGGUUCCAUAAGACACACGAUUCCAACUACUACAGAAAGCUGCUGGACCAGGACAACGCCAACGGCUCGGGCGGCUCCAACACGGGGCGAAACUCCGUGCUCGUCGACCCGAUCAACCUCACCAUGUCGAAUCGGCAGCAGAUGCAGACGUGGCGUAAAUCCAGACGGCUCAUGGCAUACUCUACCGUCGGAACUCCCGACUACAUUGCUCCAGAGAUCUUUUUGAACCAGGGAUACGGUCAGACGUGCGACUGGUGGUCGCUGGGCGCCAUUAUGUUUGAGUGUCUGGUGGGCUGGCCGCCGUUCUGCUCCGAGACCCCUAAAGAGACGUAUUGCAAGAUUCUCAACUGGAGAGAGACAUUACAAUUUCCUGAGGAUAUUCACCUGAGUCCCGAGGCAGAGGACCUGAUCCUGAGGCUUCUGACCGACGCGGACCACCGACUCGGCCGCAACGGCGGCGCCAACGAGAUCAAGGCACACCCAUUCUUCCGUGGAGUCAACUGGGACGAGAUCCGCAACGUGGAGGCCCCAUUCAUCCCAAAACUCAGGUCCAUCACAGACACGCGUUUCUUCCCGACCGACGAGCUAGAAAACGUGCCGGACUCACCUGCUCUGGCCCAAGCUGCUAAGCAGCGGGAGCAGAUGAAGGGCAGUGUUGUUGGUGGGGCAGACACCAAGGAGGAUCUUCCGUUCAUUGGAUACACCUUCAGCCGGUUUGAGUACCUGACGCGGAAGAAUGCUUUAUAG